AAAAAACUCAUAUCUGGAUACAAAAUCACGGGUGUGCCAAAUUUUUUUCAUGUAUAAUAUAUGAUUUUCUGUGUUUACUAUUAAUAUACUUGGAAAUAUUACUAAAUGUAGUUUGAAUAUGAGGCAUUAAGUCUAAUUGUAGUCUUAAUUAGUAUAUGUUUCUUAUUCACUAGAAAAAUAAAACCAAUUAAGAAAAAAGGUGAUUAUUCAAUCAUUUAUUAUAUAUAUGCAUACAAAACUUCAUUACACCACUCACCACAUACAAAAUUAUCAUGGCUAAAAUGCAAGAAGGAGGAGAUCAUCAUGAUGAACUAACAUGUAGAGCAAAGGAGGAAGAUGAACAAGAAGAGGAACGAGCAAGAAUAGAUAUCUACAAAUAUGUAUUUGGGUUCGUAGAAAUGGCUGUAGUGAAAUGCGCCAUUGAGCUGGGAAUAGCUGACACCAUCGAACGCCAUGGGCGCCCCAUGUCUCUCAAGGAGUUAUCAUCAGCCUUAGGCUGUACUCCUCAUAACAUUCACCGCAUCAUGAGAUUCUUGGUGAACCGAAGAAUAUUCAAAGAGAUCAAAAACGACAUCGUUAAUGAUGAAGGAGCUGGUACUCUAUACGUACAAACAUCCCUCUCACGACUCCUCAUCAAGUCCGGAGAAAGAAGCAUGGCAUCUUUUGUGUUGAUGGAGAGCAGUAAGCCUAUGCUGGCGCCGUGGCACUGCCUUAGCGCCCGUCUCAAGGCGGAAGUAAUUGAUAACUCUUUGACGCCAUUUGAGGAGGCGAAUGGCCAGGAUUUAUGGAGCUACACGGCAGCCAAUCCUGAACACAGCCAGCUCUUGAAUGAAGCAAUGGCCUGUAAUGCCAGGGUCACAGUGGCUGCAAUAUUAGACAGUUGUUUGGAGGUGUUUGAUGGUGUUGGUAGCAUAGUCGAUGUUGGCGGUGGAAAUGGAACCGCUAUGCAGCUGUUGGUUAAGGGUUGUCCUUGGAUUAAGGAAGGAAUUCUUUUUGAUCUUCCCCAUGUUGUGUCUGUUGCGCUAAAAUCUGAUCGUGUUGUCCAUGUUGGUGGUGACAUGUUUGAGUCUGUUCCUAAAGCUGAUGCUGCUUUUCUUAUGUGGGUUCUUCAUGACUGGGAAGACAAAGAUUGUAUUCAAAUACUAAAGAAUUGUAGGGAAGCUAUUUCAGAGAAAGGGAAAGUGAUAAUCGUUGAAUCUGUGAUUGAAAAUAACAAAGAGCAAAAUAAUGGUAUGAAGAAAGAUGAGUUGGAGUUUAAAGAUGUGGGUUUGUUUCUUGAUAUGGUGAUGAUGGCUCAUACCAACAAAGGCAAAGAGAGGACCUUGGAUCAAUGGGUGUACGUUCUUCACCAAGCAGGCUUCACUCGAUACAACGUUAGAUCUAUUAAGGGUGCUAUCUCUUCUCUUAUUGAGGCUUUUCCAAUAUAAUAUAUGAUUCGGUUGUUUUAAUAAAUUAUUAAUCUCAAUAUUGUGGUCAUGUUAAAUGGCUUUUGUGUAAUUUCUUAUUUUGGGGAUAAUGGUCUUCAUUAUCUAAGUUAUUUGGUUUAAGCUCUUUUGUUUAUUUUAUAUAUUUUUAUCAAUAAAGUAUUCUGCUAUUUUUAUUUA